AUGGCAUUAUUAUUGUCUUGGAACAUUGCGCGUGAAGAAGUUCAAGGCAUGGAGACGGAUGAUGCAUCUUUCACCGAAGUUUCUCGAGCGGCAGAUUGGCCGGUCAAUACCGAGAUGUUAGGAGAAGUCGGGCUUCGGCUAUGUGUGUUCAUUGUGUUCAUUAGGUUACUCAUGAUAUUGUUGUUGCUAAUAAGAGGGGGUUUUCUAGAGUUAGAGGUUGUGGCGGUGGAAAUGGCGGUGGCAAGUGAAAUCGGCAUGAGGCAGAGACCCUUGCCUUGCAGAUAUUGCAUGGCGGAGCCCAUGUCUUCUUCCAUUAGCUUCGCCACUUGUUGCUCUGUUAUGGUCGUUCCAUCAUUCUUGUUGUUAGAUGAUGAUGUCAUUAAUUACUAUUCACCUCGGAACGCACCCCAAUUUGAACAAGUUACAAAGGAGAAAUUGAGAAAAGAGUUUCACCUGAGGACUCCAGAGGAGCUAUAUUAUACAUUUAUACUACUUUCUCACUUUAGGGCGAGCAAGUUCGCUUGUGCUUUUGUUUUGGUCACAAAAUUGUUGUCAAGAGCUUUUAGUUUUUCACCUGCCUAG